UUCUCACCUAUAUAAACCAUCAUUUUUCCCUUUCUCCACUUGCCGUCAUCUCCACCAAAUUAAACCCUAGCUUUUGGUUUCUGGAUCUGAAUCUCCAUGACGAUCCACAUCGAUCAUCACCCUGAUCAAAACCAUGCAGGAGAUGAGAUUGUGGAAAAGAAUCAGGGGAACGUAAAAGAGCAAGAAACAGAGCAUGUGUUAGAUGGAGGUUUUGUGGCUCCUCACACCAACUCCUUUGGUCACACCUUCAGGGAUUAUGAUGCUGAGAGUGGAAGGAGAAGAAGUGUGGAGGAUUUCUACAGAACAAACCACAUUGGCCAAACCGUUGACUUCGUGAAGCGGAUGAGGGAGGCAUACGGGAAGCUAAACCGAACUGAGAUGAGCAUUUGGGAAUGCUGUGAGCUUCUGAAUGAGUUUAUAGACGAGAGUGAUCCUGAUUUGGACGAGCCUCAGAUCGAGCAUUUGCUUCAGACAGCUGAAGCCAUCAGAAAAGAUUACCCUGAUGAAGACUGGCUCCAUCUAACCGGUCUUAUCCACGAUCUCGGAAAAGUUCUUCUCCACCCUUCAUUCGGUGAGCUCCCUCAAUGGGCUGUUGUUGGCGAUACAUAUCCAGUGGGAUGUGCUUUUGAUGAAUCUAUUGUUCACCACAAGUACUUCAAGGAGAAUCCAGACUAUGAUAACCCGAGUUACAACACUAAGUAUGGGAUAUACACUGAAGGUUGUGGGCUCGACAAUGUGUUCAUGUCUUGGGGACAUGAUGAUUACAUGUACCUGGUUGCAAAGGAGAAUGAGACUACAUUACCAUCAGCCAGUCUUUUCAUCAUAAGAUACCAUUCGUUCUACGCUCUUCACAAAUCAGAAGCAUACAAGCAUUUGAUGAACAAUGAAGAUAGAGAGAACAUGAAGUGGCUGAAAGUGUUCAACAAGUACGAUCUCUACAGCAAGAGCAAAUUCCGUAUAAACGUGGAGGAAGUGAAACCCUACUAUCUUUCCCUUAUCAACAAGUAUUUCCCGGGGAAGUUGAAAUGGUGAAACUCACAAACAGAACGCAUUUCUAAUAAAACGAAUGUGAUGAGUGUGACCAUGUCUAAACCUUAGUUAAUAGGCACUGACGGAAAUAUGCCUUGAUGAAUAAAACAGAGAGUUGUUUCGUUACA